AUGCAUUGGUCAGUCAAUUUAUUGUUUAACUUUGGUAGUUUAUGUCACAUCAAUCACUCAUAUCUAUCAUCAAUCACAUCACACUCUUUCUUCUACAAUAUCUCUACAAGACUACAACCAAACAAGAGAAUAGGAAACACCAAAAUAAUAAAGAAAGAUAAAUCUGUCGCCACUGUAAAUAUACAUUUUGACCGGAAAAUGUGUACGAGCUCCGGCCGGCGUGUGGUGGGAACAAAGUUCUUCAAGAUCAUAUUGAACCCCAAAGCAGAUCGUAUAAGAAUCCCGCCUGAGUUUACAAAGAGAUACGGUCACGAUCUUCCGAGCCGUAUUUUCCUGAAGGUUCCGACUCGGCCGACAAUGGAGGCCGAGUUGACUCGGUGUGAUGACGGUCAAACUUGGAUACACAAAGGGUGGCAGGAAUUCAAAGACCGUCACUCGAUCUGCAUCGGUUAUCUCCUGUUGUUCGAAUACGAUGGGAAAUCCGAGUUUAAAGUCCUCAUUUUCGACAAGAGUGCUGUAGAAAUAAUUUAUGACAUUAAUGGUGUUGCAAAUGCGAACAUUGAUCGAGACCUGCAGACAUAUUUUUCCACGCCUCUCUUGGAUUAUUUUGGUCCGGAUCAUAUAAUUCCGGUGUCUCAUGAAUUUAUAAGGGGACAAAUUGAUUUCGUGGAUGAGCAGAUUUUGUUUGCUCGGGCUCAACUUGAGAAAUUCAGCACCAUGCGUGCACAAUUUGCUGCUCUUGUUUUAUCUCAAGCAAAGGGCGACACGCAAGGUUCGAGUGGUGGCCAUUGUGCUGAUGUGGCGAAUGCUGAUCGUGUGCAUGUUAUUUCCGAUGAUGGUGAUGAUGAUGAUGAUGAUGAUGAUGAUGAUGAUGAUGGUGCUGAUGCUGAUGGGGAUGGAGAUGAUGGUGAUGGUGGUGAUGAUGAUGAUGAUGAUGGAGAUGAUGGUGUUGGUGAUGAUGAUGAAUUGUUUCGAGCUUUUUAG